AUGCGCUUGCCGCCUCUGCUAGGCGCUGUUGAUCGUAUUCUGACUCAAUGGGUGAAAAGCGAAAAGGAAAACCCCGAUAAGCCCAUGUCGGCUGGCUUCUAUCGACUCGAGAAAGGCACCCCGCUGGUUUAUACUUAUACCUAUGACGAAAUGAAGAUCGUCCUGGAGGGGAAGUAUGAGAUUUCCGACGAGACGGGCAACAAGGUGACGGCGACUCCGGGCGAUGUGCUUUACUUUCCCAAGGGCGCCACCAUCACAUUCACGACGGACGAUUAUGGGCUAGCUUUCUACGUGGGUACCCCGAAGCUGAGGCUGAGUCGCGCUAACGAUCGGGUAGACUGGCCAACGGAAACAGGGCGCUGCGUGAAUCGCCUAGCAGCGCGUCCGUACUGGAACGGCGUACUCCGUACAAGAUACAUAGAGACGGAAACCGAGAGGAUGCCGACGUACUGUACAGUUACUCGUACCUGA